AUGGCCGCCGCCCCGCAGAGCCGGGCCAAGGAGGACAGCUUUGUAGCCCAGGACAUGAUCUGUAAAUCUCAUGUGAAGAAGGAGAAGGAGGCCGCCAAGAAGUGGCCGGAGGAGUGGGGGUUCCUCACCACGCCGUUCACCGAGGUGACGGAUGAAGAGAAAGAACAACACAGGAAAUUGCGAUUGGAAGUUCGAGAACACCUGAGGGUCCGGCCCGCCACCCCGGUGGAAAACUUCAUCAAGGUUGACCCAUCGCCGGCUGUCCCUCAAACGACGCAAGGCCUGGUCGGCUGGCGCUCCACCGUCCCGUCUCUACAGCUGGAACGUUACGGCAAAACGAAACACCCGAAGGGGGAUUUCUGCAAGAGGAUGAACUGGUCGGCCGAAGGAAUAGUGUAAAACAUCCCGACUACAAUCCACCCGACGGCCCGCUCUCCGCCGCCGCCCCCCAGACAGACAAACUUAA